UUCAAGAGAAGAGUUCAAGAAUCCACACAGGUUCUAAGAGAACUAGAGAUCUCCUUACGGACCAAUCACAUUGGUUGGGUGGAAGAAUUCCUGAGUCCAGAGGUUGGUGGCCUUGAAGCUCUAGUGGAGUACCUGUCCUAUGCUCAGUGCUCCUUCCCGCUAGAUAUGGAGAGUUCAGACAAUGGGACGCCGGAGAAAUCAAAAUCCUUACAGAGGUCAAUGGAGGAUAUUAACAAAAGCAGCACAUCUUCUUCUCCUGCAACCAUUCCUUCACGUGCCCGCAACCUAACCACCAAAUACAACUUUUACAACCGCGCUACAAUGAGGAACUCUCGGCAUGCUAACAUGAAGGAUGACGUACACGUGUGUAUCAUGUGCUUGCGGGCAAUCAUGAACUACCAGUCAGGAUUCAGUAUGGUGAUGUCCCAUCCCUCCUGUGUCAAUCAGAUUACUCUCAGCCUCACCAACAAGAACCCC